AUGACUUCACCUCAACUGCACCAAUGGAUAUUACCGAUGAAGAUUAUCACUAUCAUGUACUUGAUAGCGUCAUUCAACUUUUACAAUGUGUUGGCAUCCAUUUACAAUAUGGACUUCGAUUCCCGCCACCUGAGCACCAGGGUUGUUCACACCAGGUACGGCACCUUAAGAGGAUUUAUCAGCACCUUGUCGAACCGAGAGCUUCAACCUGUAGAGGUGUUUUUGGGGGUCCCAUACGCGGGGGCACCCACGGGUCGCCUGAGAUUCAUGCCACCUGUCACGUCCCCACAUUGGAAAGGCAUUCGAUCUGCAGAUACCUGGGGACCAGUCUGUCCUCAAAAGCUGCCAGACAUCAGCAACGAAACAGAAGCGUUGCGAAGAAUGCCAUAUGGAAGGUUUCGUUACUUGCAGAGACUGAUCCCGCAUUUGACGGAUCAGAGUGAGGAUUGCCUUUACCUCAACAUAUAUGCGCCAGCCAUUGGUUAA